AUGAAUCACAUAGAGGGUGACUAUGAACUUCCUGGAUACACACCUCGAGCUGGCGGCAGCCUGGCCUCACAGAAUGCCAUUAUUCCUGGAUCCGAACGCACCAUAUCGCUUGAAGACAGCAAGGGGCACAAAUGGCUUCUCCUUUCGGUGAAAAGUCGUGCUCCUACGCCGGAGUUUUGGCCAGCAUUCUGUACCGGCGAUCUCAUCUCGGGGAGCGUGACUCUGGACCUUGUGAAAUCGCAGUCAUCUAAGGCUAUAAUAGUGACAGCUGCGACCACCCUCAUUGGACAAGAAGGGCAACCAUUUCUUGUCAUCGAAAAGGAGUUGUGGAGUCCAGCAAAGGCCCUUCCUGAUGGAUCCAUGGUGUCCAAACUCGAGAAAGGCCAUUACACGUUGCCCUUCGAAAUCCCACUUCCACAUGAGACGGAAGUUGUGGACCAUAAAGAGAAGAAGAUAUUUCCCCUUCCGCCUUCGUUCACAGAGCGAGCCAGUCCCGCUUACAUCAACUACAAAAUUACUGUCAUCGUUAAGCGGGGCGCCCUGGGAGUGAAUCAAACCUUAACUACAGAUUUUACAUAUGUCCCAAUCACGAAACCGGAACUCCCAUCUUCUAUGUUGCAGAAAGCAUAUAGAGAGAAUACACCACUCGUCGGUCCUGAAGGUGAUCCGGAGGGCUGGCACAUCCUUCCAUCAGUUGCUGUCACAGGCACUCUUUUUGGCGCCAAGAGAGCGAGUGUCGAGUUUAACCUAGCACUAACAAAACCACUCAGUUAUGCUCGUGGUUCUGCGAUGCCCCUAUGGCUAACUUUCACGGGAACAGACGAGCAAGCUCUCGAUUCACUCGCCAAUCCCCAAGCCAUCCGUAUCUUCCUCAAGCGAUCGUUGGCUACAGGCUCUGAUGCAACAAAGGACGAUGUUGGGAAGCAUACAGACAGCUUCUUCGUUGAGACCAUAGCACGCGCUGUUUUCUGGCCUGCAAGGGACGCCAGUACCACGGGGAAGCGGGCUCUUCAAGGCGAAGUGAACUUAAAGAAGACAUUCAAACAGAGCGUUGUAUUUCCCCGAUUUGCUGUGAGGUACCAUCUCGAAGUGCAUCCUUUCGAAGCAGUUGGCUUCGUACAUCCACCGACUGUCUCCGGCCCACUGCUGACACUACCAGUUAAUGUUACAUCUCUCCGUUCAACUGGUUUCGUUAUGCGCUCUUUUGCACCACCCGAGUAUACAGAGCAAAUUGAGAACUUCAACAACUCUGUUGGUUUGUUGGAGAAUGGAAACCAGCGCUUCUAUCAUCAUGGAGGGCUUGGAGUUGCUUGA